AUGGCCUUCAGCGGACUCCUGAAUGCUGACUAUGUCACAGCUGCUUUGCAGAGCAUCUCAGUUGCAGACUCCUUCAACUACAGAAUGUUCUUUGCCAAGGCUGGCAUCAUUGGCAGAAGUACAGAGCAGCUGAAGCAAAUCUUCACAGUUCUUAACCAAGACAACAGCGGCUUUAUUAAGAAAGAUCAGCUGAAACUGAUCCUGCAGAGCUUCUGUGCUACUGCGAGAGAACUUAGUGAUCCAGAAACAAUGGCCUUAAUGCAGGCAGGUGACAUUGAUGGUGAUGGCAAGAUUGGAGUUGAAGGUAAGGAAAAACAUUGA